AUGGGGAAUCAAAAGAGGAAGAAAAAGCCGCCCGUGACUGGCGAGGCCGACGGCGAAUUCGAGGCCAAUUUCCCUUCGUUUCCCUCUCACGCGUCUCGAGAGAUGACCGCCGUUACCAUUGCCGAGGAUGCGGAGGAAACGCAGGAGGAAAAGACGUCCUCGUCGUCGCGCUUUUCUUCCCUCGGGCGCUUGAAAAGAAACGAGGAGGGGGCAUCGUCAUCGUCAUCGCCGAGUGUCGAUUUCGGCUCGAAUUUGACGGCGAAUGUGUACGCACGAGAGGAAGGACAAGACGCCUCUUUGGACGUGUUCAUCUCGCGAGCGUUCGCGAAAAAGAACGGGAUUUCAAAUUUUGAACGCGUUUUAAUCUCCGUGAUGGCGACGACGAGACAAGAAACAACCCCGAGAGGUGGUGGUGCUCUGACUACUCCGGGCGGUGGCGCAGAGGCUGGACUCGGGAAUACGUUGACGUUUUGUAUGCCAGAAGACGCGGAUGUCGCUUCCGUCGUCGGCGAGCGGAAAGCGACGCUCGGUACGCCAGUGGCGAAGGCUUUAGGAGGAGAGAGCGCGAUGAUGAAAAAAGUGAAUCAGAGAGGAACGGCGAUGCAGCGACCGUGUGUUUUUGCCGAGGACGAAGACGUCGUUCGAGAGCGGUUUCGAGGAGGCGAGUGGAAAGCUUUGGAUGUGAGACACGUGGCGGGGGCGAUGCUCGAUUUGGACGUCGCCGCGCCCGACGAUGCCGUCAGAGAGGCUUGCGAUGGACGGUUUGCUGUUCCAGGGAAAUCGGCAGUACAUUCGGCUUUGGAGAAAUCGCAAGUGUCGUUAUCUAGGAGACUGUGGCUUUCGCUCGGGUGUCCUCCGGCAGAUGCGCUUGUGUGCGUGCGAAAAGCGACGAGGGGUGGUUUAAGGAAAGUAAAGAAGGUGACGUUGAAAUUAUACGCCAUGGAGGCGGCGUUUGCGGUUCGCGCGGAAGGCGCGUGGUUGCGAGACUCGCUCGCGAGGAAUCGACGUACCACUAGAAAUGAUUUAUCGUCGUUGGAGAUGUUAGCUUUGCGCGCGCUACGCGAUCGCGGAUAUCGCGUCGGGCAGAUUGUGCGUUUACCGCUUUUAGGCGUCUCGGCAUUGUUUGAAGUGAUUUCGAUGACAACGACGGGUGAUGAGAAUAUGAACGCGUUUGUUAGUAAUGACGAGAUAGGUGAGAUCGACGAGGAGACCGAAACGUGUGAAUUGCUCGGCCGAGACGCGAAUGAAAGUGAUACCAAUGCAAAGAGCCAAGACGGUAAAAACAACAACAACGAAGAAGAAGAAGAGGAUGAAGAAGACCAUAUCGGCAGUGCUGUUUUCCGCGCUCGUGCCCCAGGCGCUUCGAUCAAAUCUGAAUCAUCGUCCUCUCUUAAUAAAAGUAGAACCAGAAAUGUACUCGCCGGAUGUGAAUCGCAUAUCGUCGCGUUAAAAGAUAUCGUCACGCUCCCGCUGGUCAACGCUGACCUUUUCAAGAAGUGCGGCGUCGCGCCGCCUCGAGGCGCUUUGCUUUGGGGUCCACCCGGGACUGGUAAGACGCUUUUAGCCCGACACGCGGCCGAGACGUCAAACGCGACGCUCUUUGUCGUCGAUGGACCUGAGCUUGUCGGCUCUGUCGUCGGUGAAACCGAAGAGGCCAUCCGUGAAGUCUUUCGAGCGGCGGCGAAAGCGAAACCGGCGAUUGUCUUGAUCGACGAACUCGACGCGCUUUGUCCUUCGAGAGGCGAGAACGUCCAAAACUCUGGCGGUAGUUCCGGCAAAGGAGGAGAGGAAUCAAAUUUGAACACGCGAGCGGUAGCGGCGUUGACGGAGAUUUUUGAUGGCAACGUCGUUAAUCUUGACGGCAUUGUCGUUUUGGCGACAACGAAUAGACCCGACGCCGUUGAUGUUGGACUGAGACGACCGGGAAGGUUUGAUCGCGAACUCGAAGUAAACGCUCCGGAUCCGCAACAAAGAUUUGAGAUUUUGAAAUCACACUUGGGAACGAUUAAGCACGAUUUGACGGAGGAGAUUAUUCGCGAAACCGCGUGGACGAUGCAUGGAUUCGUCGGCGCUGAUAUCGCGCAACUCGUUCGAGAUGCCGCCUCAAAUGCCAUGCGCAGGAUAAUAGCUGAUCAACAACGUAACGGUAACGAUAUUUCGGGAGCGAUGUCCAGUUUGCAACUCGACGAGACUACUGAUAUAAUCACGUCGCCAUCUUCGUCCACGAAUGAUAGCGUCACGAUUGAAGAUUUUAUCGUCGCAAAGAAUCGCGCUCGGCCUUCGGCCAUGCGCGACAUCAACGUCGAGAUUUCAAGCAUUAAUUGGGACGACGUCGGUGGUCAGGCCGACACAAAAAACUCGUUGAAGGAACUCGUCGAGUGGGCGGAAACGCAUCCAGACGCGAUGCAGAAGAUUGGCGCGAAACCGCCAAACGGUAUUUUGUUAUACGGACCUCCCGGAUGUUCCAAAACAACUUUAGCUCGCGCUGUCGCUUCACAAUCGAAACGAAACUUCUUAGCCGUGAAAGGUCCCGAGUUGUUCUCGAAAUACGUCGGCGAGUCCGAAAAAGCCGUCAGGACGCUCUUCAAACGCGCUCGAAGCGUUGCGCCGUCGAUAAUCUUCAUCGACGAAAUUGACGGUUUGGCUUCUUCCCGAGGCGGCGGCGAAACAAAGUCGGAAGGUAGUUCCGUCUACGAUCGGGUCGUGACGCAGUUGUUGCUUGAAAUGGAUGGGUUAAACUCUUCUUCGCGAGCAGAAAAAAUUGCCGUCAUUGCGGCGACGAACCGCCCAGAUUUAGUCGACGAAGCUUUGCUUCGUCCCGGUCGUUUCGAUCGCCUUUUAUUCGUAAAAGCGCCCGAGACGAGUAAAGAACGCGCGGAAAUCCUCGCGUGCGCUUUUCGUAAAACGCCGUUAGCGCCGGAUGUCAACUUAGAACGCGUUGGUGACAUGACAGAGAAAUUCACCGGCGCAGAUUUAGCAAAUUUAGCGAGAGAAGCGGCGUUAUGCGCGCUUGAAGAAGAAGACGAGAACGAGACGGAAAUCGAGGCCGUUUACAUGCGACACGUAGAAAAGGCCAUCUCGAGUGGAAGUUCCACGGCGUCUCCAGAACCUUCGGCGGAAAUGUUACAGAUGUAUAACGCGUUCUCUAGACGUGGUUAUUAG